AGCACUCAAAAACCCUACUCUCUGUUAAAGCCCAGAGUCUAUCUCCGCUUCAAUUUCUCUUUUCCGGCUGUAUUGCCAUGGAAGGCCCAGCUGAUGAAAUAGCAAAUCCGAUGGCAGAUCUAUCUGUGACGGGCACUCCUUCCCAGCCUAGCAAAAGUGCCCAGAAGAGAGAGCUAAAGAACAAGCAGAAGGAAGAGGAACGGAGGCGUAAAGAAGAGGAGAAGGCUAAGAAGGCUGCUGCCAUGUCAAAUUUGCAGGUUCAGAAGCCCCAAGCAGUAGACGAGGAGGACAUGGAUCCCACGCAAUAUUUUGAAAAUAGACUGAAAGCCCUUGCAUCUCAGAAGAGUGCAGGGAUUAAUCCCUAUCCUCACAAAUUUCAUGCUUCAAUGUCCAUCCUUGAAUACAUAGAGAAGUAUAAAGGGCUUAGCAAUGGGGAUCAUCUGGAGGAUGUUCAAAUAUCUUUGGCUGGGCGAGUUAUGAACAAGCGAUCCUCUUCAUCGAAGUUGUUCUUCUAUGAUUUGCAUGCAGAUGGUGCAAAAGUACAAGUUAUGGCUGAUGCAAGGACAUCAGAUAUGGAUGAAGCUGAAUUUGGCAAGUUCCACUCUGCUGUGAAACGUGGAGAUAUUGUUGGUGUAACUGGGUAUCCAGGAAAAAGUAAAAGGGGGGAGUUGAGUAUUUUUCCAAGAUCAUUCAUCCCGUUGUCGCAUUGUCUCCAUAUGAUGCCACGGCAAAAGGCUGGUCCUGGUGCAGAAAACAUCAAUGUGAAGGAUAUGUGGGUCCCUGGCAGUGGCCGGAAUCCUGAGACUUACAUACUAAAGGAUCAGGAAACUCGAUACCGUCAAAGGUACUUGGAUUUGAUGUUGAACGUGGAGGUUCGACAAAUAUUCAAAACCCGGGCGAAGAUUAUUUCUUACAUUAGAAGCUUUCUCAACAAUCUUGACUUCUUAGAGGUUGAAACACCCAUGAUGAACAUGAUUGCUGGGGGAGCAGCUGCUCGUCCAUUUGUGACCCACCACAAUGACCUGAACAUGAAGCUAUACAUGCGGAUUGCUCCAGAACUUUAUCUUAAGGAGCUAGUUGUUGGUGGACUGGACCGUGUCUACGAGAUAGGGAAACAAUUCAGGAAUGAGGGAAUUGACUUGACACAUAAUCCUGAGUUUACUACUUGCGAGUUUUAUAUGGCUUUUGCCGACUAUAAUGACUUGAUGGAGCUGACAGAGAAAAUGUUGAGUGGGAUGAUCAAGGAACUUACGGGUGGCUAUAAAAUUAAAUAUCAUGCAAAUGGGUUGGGCAAUGACCCAAUUGAGAUAGACUUCACUCCUCCAUUCAGGAGGAUUGACAUGAUAGAGGAGUUGGAAAAGAUGGCAAACCUUAGCAUACCCAAGGAUCUUUCUAGUAAUGAAGCAAACAAAUAUUUGGCAAAUGCAUGUCUGAAGUUGGAUAUCAAAUGCCCUCCUCCACAGACAACUGCUCGUCUACUGGACAAACUUGUGGGGCACUUCCUAGAGGAUACAUGUGUGAACCCUACCUUCAUUAUUAACCAUCCGGAGAUAAUGAGUCCAUUGGCAAAGUGGCAUAGGUCCAAGCCAGGGCUUACUGAACGUUUUGAAUUAUUCAUCAACAAGCAUGAACUUUGCAAUGCAUACACGGAGUUGAAUGAUCCCGUGGUACAACGGCAACGCUUUGCUGACCAACUCAAGGACCGACAAUCAGGUGAUGAUGAAGCAAUGGCUUUGGAUGAAACAUUUUGUACGGCUCUUGAAUAUGGUCUGCCCCCGACAGGUGGGUGGGGCUUGGGUAUUGACCGACUUGCAAUGUUGUUGACAGAUUCACAGAACAUCAAGGAAGUUCUGCUGUUUCCAGCGAUGAAGCCUCAGGAUGAGCCACCUGCUAAAGGGCUGAGAGGGUUUGAAGAAAUUAUGCAUGUCAUGAGGAAUAUACUGUAAUUUGGGCUUUGGGCAUAUGGCGUUUUGCAACAACAGCAUUGGAUUGAAAUGUCAGACACCAUAAUGUUUUUAUCAGAUCCGAGAGUGAGGACAGCUGUUGAUUUUUUGGUGGUUAAAUUUUCACUGUAAUCAUUUACUUGUUCUGGUUUACUGUAACAUUUAGUCUAGGGUUCUGAUUAGUGAAUCCUCAGCCCUUUGUCAUGGGGCAGGGGACAAUUAAGAAGUUAUGAACUUAUGCUUGCUAAAUUUUUGGCAAGUACACCCCUAAGUUUACCCAACAUUUUAAGUAUACUUUAAAUUCUUCGAAAGCAAAUCCUCAUUGUAGUCCGGGUUACGUAUAUAUAUUUUCUUGACUCCAGAGAACUCGUUAGCUUC